GCAAUCCAAUCCAGCAACAUGCAGAAGACAAGCAUCCUAAUCGUUGCCCUAGUGGCCCUUUCCGCCAUCGCAGAGGCACUUCCUUGGGGAGAACAAGGGAAUCGUCCGUCCAAGCCCAUCCGUGUUCGGCGCCAGGUGCUUGGUGGUUCCCUAGCCUCCAAUCCUGCUGGUGGCUCUGAUGCUCGCCUGAAUCUCUCCAAGGGCAUUGGAAAUCCCAACCACAAUGUGGUGGGUCAGGUUUUCGCAGCUGGAAACACACAAAGUGGACCAGUCACCACUGGAGGAACUUUGGCAUACAAUAACGCUGGUCAUGGUGCCUCCUUGACCCGAACCCACACUCCCGGAGUAAAGGACGUUUUCCAGCAGGAGGCCCAUGCCAAUCUGUUCAACAAUGGCAGGCACAAUCUCGAUGCCAAGGUGUUCGCCUCCCAGAACAAACUGGCCAAUGGCUUUGAGUUCCAGCGCAAUGGAGCCGGUCUGGAUUACUCGCACAUCAAUGGACAUGGUGCCUCCGUGACCCACAGCAAUUUCCCAGGAAUUGGCCAGCAACUCGGAGUGGAUGGACGCGCCAACCUCUGGUCAUCGCCCAAUCGUGCCACCACUUUCGAUCUGACGGGAUCGGCCAGCAAGUGGACGAGUGGACCGUUUGCCAACCAGAAGCCCAACUUUGGAGCUGGUCUGGGAUUGACCCAUCACUUUGGUUAA